AUGUUGGGCAGCGUUCUCCUCCCCACUAAGCCGCCUGGCCUGAGGUCGAAUACUUAUUCUAGCACCGUUGCGCCGCCCCUUCCCCCACGCCGUAACUCGCUGUCCACCCAGCCCGCCGCCAAAACUGCUGCCAAAACUGCUCCGCUCCAUAUCAAGACCGUCACCCUGUCAGGCGGCAUGGACACGCGGUACAACAACCGCCCCUCGUCCCCGCGGGGCCGCUACUCCAACCCCGCCAGGUCCUCGACGGGCACCUUCGCCGACCCCUAUUACACCUCGUCUUACUAUGGCCGUCCCAGCUCGCCACGCUCCAGCGUCGACCGCAUUGGAUCUUCCCACACCUCGCACGCCUCGCACCACACGCCCUACUACACGCCCAGCCCCACGACCUCUUCCCACGCGAGCAGCACCAAGUACGACUCGUACACUGGACGUCCACGGCGAAACACCAACGACCUGACCCGCCCCAAUGUGAGCACCAGCGCCCUGCCGACGACUUCGCUGCCACUCCGCACCCCGUACUCGUCCCACACCCACACCGAACGACCGCGGAGCCCACUGACGCCCUCCUAUGCCAAGGGAUCCGAUACCUACAUCACCCCGGCCGCUUCACGAGGCCAUAAGAAGGUCUACAGCGUCGACGACAGCAGCCACCUGACCAAGCUCGUUGCUGAGGUCGAGCCCGCACGCCACCGGGAUCAUGCAGACCGGGGUUACAGUGUCACAAGUGGCGGCCGCAGCUACCACGACAGCAGCAAGCCCCCGUCGCGCCUUACCGACCUGAGCAACAGCGAUGGCUACUCCUACACGGACCCCGCGAGCAUGUACCGUGACACAGAGCCAGCCUGGCGGAGGCCACGUGCUGGCAGCUUGGAACGUGGCUCUCGCCCCACCAGCAUGAUUGCGGAUCGCCCCUCUCGUAUCUCUACUCGCGAACCUGGUCCUCCCCCCUCCACACGUGGCUUCGACAAGAUCAACAGCAUCCCGCGGCCCCACGGAAGAUCAUCCUCGAUUGAAAGAGGGGCACGCGAAAUUCCCAAGUACGAUCCCUACCCAGACUCAAGCCUCGCACGAUCUUCCUCCUCUCGCACUUCCCGCGCUCCUGCCGCCAUUCAUCAGGAGCCCCGCCGAGACGCUUACCGCGAUGACUACGAUCGCCCGAGCCGUGGAGUCGAGAACAAGCGCCACAGCACCGCCUUUGAGGACCGCGAAGUGACCAGCCGUGGCUUCGGCAUUGCACCGGGCCACCCAAGCCUCGCACACGACCACCACGCUCUGGACCGACAGCCUCUAUACCCUCCUGCCGAACCUCCUCGACCGAGGCCACAAGAGUCUAGCAACCACUACUACCAGCCAGACCGCGCCGAGGCACGCAUGCCGGAACCUCGCUCAUCCCGUGACAGAGAUCCCGUUCCACCGCAGGACUACGAAAAGCGCCCCCGUGAGCGUGAGAGCGGCCGAGAAGAAAAGGGUGGCUUGGUGCAAACCAUAACUGGUGCAGCAGCAGGCGUAGCAGCGACCCUGGCCGGCGCUGGUUACAUGAAGAAGGCCCGUGACAAGGACCGUGGUAGCGACCGAGACUCGUCAGGAGAGCGUGAGCGCGAGCGACGGAAGGAAUACGAUGAGCGUGACAAGCGAGACCGUCCUGACGAGCGACGAGAGAGGAAGUCCGAAGGCCGCCGCAACUCGCUUCAGCCGCCUCCACCGCCCCCCGCUGCUGCCCCAGCCGCUACCCCGGCAGCCAUCGCAGCUCCCGACUACCCUCCGAUGCAACCCGACUACAUACCUCAGCCUCGCGAGCGUCGACACGAAGAUGACGAGAGAGAGAAGGUUCCUUCUCGCAAGGCACCUGCACCGUCUACUGCGGGAAGCGACGAAGAGCGACCACGUCACUACGUUGAUCGCGAUGCCGAACGUCGGAGGGACCCCGUACCCCAGGAAGCUGCUCUGGACCCUGACGAGGAAUACAGACGACGCAUUCAGCAGGAAGCAGAACGUUCUAGUCGCAGCACUCGCGACAAGGACAGCGACUCUGACCGCGAGAAGGAGCGACGGAGGAAGAAGGAUGAGCGUGACAGGUCUCGAGGUCCUGAAGACCGCUCGCGUGCGUCUCCUCCCAGGGAUCGCCCUGUGAGCACAUAUGACGGAGGCAUGGUGCAGGAACCGGAGUCAAUGGAGAGGGAGUCUACGGGCAAGAGCGUAGUGAUUGUCGAGCCUCCCAAGGAGCCCGUUGCGCCCGUCAAGGGCAUCCUUCGCAAGCCAACUGAGAAGUUCCCUGAGGACCCUGAGCCCAUCCGCGAGGGUGUUGCGCCACACAAGGACGCAUUGAAGGGCAAGGACAUUCCUGUCGGGGCUCGAUGGACAAGGAUCGAUCGUCGUCUCGUCAACCCUGAAGCCCUGGAGCAAGCCAAGGAGCGCUUCGAAGAGCGGAUGGACUGUGUCAUCGUGCUGCGUGUCUUGACCAAGGAAGAGAUCCAGAAGCUCGCUGAUCGUACCAAGAAGAUCCGCGAAAGCAGAGAAGAGGAGUACGAUCAUGACCGCCGCGACCGUGACGACCGCGACAGGCGAAGCCACCGUUCCAAGGACGAUAGGGAUGAUGAGGAGCGUGACAGCGACCGAGAGCGUCGCCACCACGACCGUGAGCGACGCCGCCGCUACGACGAUGAGAGUGACUACGACGACCGCGAGCGAGAGCGCGAACGCGACAGGCCCAGGAAGGUUGAGAUCGACGAUGGAGGAAGGUGA